GCGGGAGCCGCGCACCUCGGGGCUGCCGCGCAGGGCGGGCAGGCAGCGCCCGCGGAGCACAGCGCAUCCCCCGCCCCGCCCAGGCGGUGUUUCAUCAGAUCCCAUCAAGUUCACUAACCCUUUGGAGGAAGCCACACCAAAACCUUUGGUUUGUGCGUGUGUUUGCAAAGAGCCACCUCCGAGGGUCUCGGGUGGCGUGUGCCCAUGUGCCAGCCAGCCUGCAGGCAGCAGCUGGAUGCUGAGGAGGAGCAGGACGUGUCUGCAGUGGUGACCUGGCCCUCCUCCUUCAAAAGAGAAUUUGUAACAGGAGUGCUGGCUCUCUCGAGUUGGAAUCCCAGAGCAACCCAUGAGCAAGUGGUGUUGGAGAUUUGACUGAAGUCUACAUACCAUGCACUGCAGAAGAUUAAAAGUUGCCUAAAAUCUCUAAGGAGCCCCAUUCUCUUCUGUAGUUACCAGGCUUGUCUCCUUUGACCCAGGAAGCUGAAGAUGAGGUUACUAUGGGAGCUGCUCGUGCUGCAAUCAUUCAUGGUGUGCCUUGCAGACGACAACACACUGCACGGGCCAGUUUUCCUUCAGGAGCCCAACAACGUGAUCUUCCCCUUGGAUUCAGAGGAAAAGAAAGUCAAGCUGAGUUGCGAAGUAAAAGGAAAUCCCAGACCAACUAUUGGGUGGAAGUUAAAUGGAAGCAGUAUUGACAUCAGUAUGGAUUACCGCUACAGCGUGGUGGAAGGCAACCUGUUGAUCAAUAAUCCCGAUAAAACCCAAGAUACUGGAACAUACCAGUGUGUAGCAACAAACCCGUUUGGAACGAUUGUCAGCAGAGAAGCAAAGCUUCAGUUUGCUUAUCUUGAGAACUUCAAAACCAGAACGAGAAGCACGGUGUCUGUUCGCCAGGGCCAGGGCAUGGUGCUGCUCUGUGGACCACCACCACAUUCUGGAGAGCUCACCUACGCGUGGAUCUUCAACGAGUACCCGACCUUCGUGCACCAGGACAAUCGGCGCUUCGUGUCGCAGGAGACGGGCAACUUGUACAUCGCCAAGGUGGAGGCUUCAGAUGUGGGCAACUACACCUGUGUGGUGACCAACGUGGUGACCAACAGCAGGGUCCUGGGUCCUCCCACCCCACUCAUCCUCAGGAACGACGGGGUGAUGGGAGAGUAUGAGCCGAAAAUAGAAGUGCAGUUCCCAGAAACAGUUCCAUCUGCAAAAGGAACAACAGUGAAACUGGAGUGCUUUGCCUUGGGGAACCCAGUUCCUACAAUCAGCUGGAGGAGAGCAGAUGGGAAACAGAUACCCAGAAAAGCCAGGAGGCACAGAUCGAGUGGACUGCUCGAAAUCCCCAAUUUUCAGCAAGAAGAUGCUGGACUCUACGAGUGUGUAGCUGAAAAUGUGCGAGGGAAGAACGUGGCACGAGGACAACUGACAUUUUAUGCUCAGCCCAACUGGAUUCAGACAAUCAGCGAUGCACACGCAGCCAUUGAGGAGAGCGUGGCCUGGGAGUGCCGGGCCAGCGGGAGGCCCAAGCCCUCGUACCGCUGGCUGAAGGACGGGCAGCCGCUGCUGCCGCAGGGCAGAGUUCAGCUGGAGCAGGGCUCGCUCACCAUAAGCAACGUCAGCCUGUCAGACGCCGGCAUGUAUCAGUGCGUAGCAGAAAACAGACAUGGCAUCAUUUUUGCCAGUGCAGAACUGAGUGUCAUAGCCAUUGGUCCAGACUUUUCCAAAACACUCUUGAAAAAGUUAACUCUUGUUAAAGUGGGUGGUGAAGUAAUCAUUGAGUGUAAGCCAAAAGCUUCCCCCAGACCUACUUAUUCUUGGAAGAAAGGAAGAGACAUCCUAAGAGAAAAUGAGAGAAUCACCAUUUUGGAUGACGGGAGCCUCCGGAUCGUCAACGUCACCAAAGCCGACGCGGGAAGUUACACCUGCGUGGCCACAAACCACUUCGGCACAGCAAGCAGCACGGGCAGCUUGGUGGUCAAAGAUCCAACCCGGGUUAUGGUGUCACCUUUCAGCAUGGAUGUCACUGUUGGAGAAAGCAUUGUCCUGCCUUGUCAGGUGUCACACGAUCACUCCCUAGAUAUCAUGUUCACCUGGUCAUUUAAUGGACAGCUGAUAGACUUUGAAAAAGAUGGUGAUCACUUUGAAAGAGUUGGAGGGCAGGAUUCAGCUGGUGAUUUGAUGAUCAGAAGCAUCCAGCUGAAGCAUGCUGGGAAAUACGUCUGCAUGGUGCAAACAAGCGUGGACAAGCUGUCGGCUGCUGCAGACCUGAUUGUAAGAGGUCCCCCAGGUCCCCCAGAAGCCGUGACAAUAGAUGAAAUCACCGACACCACCGCCCAGCUGUCCUGGAGGCCGGGAGCAGACAACCACAGCCCUAUUACCAUGUAUGUGGUACAAGCCAGGACCCCCUUCUCGGUGGGAUGGCAAGCAGUGAGCACAGUUCCAGACAUCAUCGACGGGAGGACGUUCACAGCAACAGUGGUGGGUCUGAACCCCUGGGUUGAGUACGAGUUUCGAGUGGUGGCUGCCAACCUCAUUGGGAUCGGAGAACCCAGCAGACCUUCAGAGAAGAGAAGAACUGAGGAAGCUCUCCCCGAAGUGACCCCAGCUAAUGUCAGUGGAGGUGGAGGGAGCAAGUCUGAGCUGGUCAUAACUUGGGAGACGGUGCCUGAGGAGCUGCAGAACGGAGGGGGCUUCGGGUACGUGGUGGCCUUCCGGCCCUACGGCACCGUGAGCUGGAUGCAGACUGUCGUGGCCUCCCCGGACGCCGCCAGAUACGUCUUCCGCAAUGAGACCCUCCCGCCCUUCUCCCCCUACGAGGUCAAAGUGGGGGUCUACAACAACAAGGGGGAAGGGUCCUUCAGCCCCGUGACGGUCGUCUACUCGGCAGAGGAAGAGCCAACAAGAGCCCCAACCACUGUUUUGGCCAGAAGUCUGUCUGCCUCAGACGUUGAAGUUUCGUGGGCUCCCCCGUGGGAGAACCAGCACAAAGGAAGAAUACAGGGAUAUGAGGUCAGAUGCUGGAGGCACGACGAGAAGGAGGAGAACGCCAAAAGGGUCCGAACGGUCGGCAACCAGACGUCGGCGAGAGUGGGCAACCUGCGGGGCAACGCGCUGUACCACCUGGCCGUGCGCGCCUACAACACGGCCGGCACCGGGCCCUCCAGCGCUGCCGUCAACGUCACCACCAGGAAGCCACCACCGAGUCAGCCCCCUGGGAACAUCAUGUGGAACUCGUCUGACUCCAAGAUCAUCCUGAACUGGGACCAAGUGAAAGCGCUGGACAACGAGUCAGAAGUGAGAGGCUACAAAGUGUUGUACAGGUGGAACAGGCAGAGCAGCGCGUCCGUCGUGGAAACGAACAGAACCUCCGUGGAGCUGUCUCUGCCGCUGGACCAGGACUACAUCAUCGAGAUCAAACCCGUCAGCGACGGCGGCGACGGCAGCAGCAGCGAACUGAUCCGAAUCCCAAAGAUCUCAAAUGCGUACGCGAGAGGCUCCGGCUCGUCGACCUCCAGGGCCUGCACGCUGUCAGCCAUCAGCACGAUAAUGAUAUCGCUCACAGCUCGCUCCAGUUUAUGACAAAGAUGACCUAAAGGACUUCUCGUUUAUAAUAUAAGCAACAUUUAGCUAGUUGUUUUGAAGACACCCAGUAAUAUUGUGGUUUGAGUACAUCUUACUACUGGAAACAAAAAUGUUUAUGCUUCUUUAGGAAUGGCAUUAUACAGUACUUCCUCAAAGCAAAUAUAGCUUUGUCUGAAGUUUCCUUGGAAACUCUGCAAUGCACUGAAAACAUCUGUAAUACGAUGUUACCAAAGCAGUUUACAUAUGUCCUUAUAUGCAUAUUUUUUAUUAUAUAUUUAGUGUUUUAUAGAGUUUUUUAAAGUUAACAUACGAUGUAGAUAUUAAUUUUCCCUCUGCUAUCAAACGCUAUGGACGACAUUCUCAUGAAAGCACGGCUUGGGAGUGUUCCCUUGACGAUGGAGAGGUGCAAGGUGCUCUCGGUCCGUUGGCCACGGCCCCGCUGCACGGUGCCGGGAAGCUGCAGCGUCACCGUCACUCGUGGCAAACCAGCUGCUCCCAGCGCACCACACGCUCUGUUGGUCUGGUUCAGAGGUCUGUGAUUCAGAGGAAGUCUGUUGGUUGGAUUCAGAGGGCUGAGCAGGACGGACUCGAAACAGCAGGUAGGAACACCAGGACACGGUGCGCCCGGGCUGCGGUUACAGGACACGUAGCUACCGUCGUGGCAUCGCGCAGCGAGGGCCUGUUGUUACUGUCUUGAAACAGCUUUGUCUAUAUCAUCGUUUGCAUUACAUUGAGUAGGAGGGAAGAUACUGCAAGAUCUGCCUCUAGACAGAAAGGGGAGCGGGACCUGGAGGAGGCAGUGAGUGAGCGCCGCGGUUGUCGCCUUCGGGUGUAAACCCACAGGCUCCACCUCCUAAAAUCCACCUGGGGAGAUUUUAUUCCAAGAAGAUUGGAACAGGGCGGCUCUGAGCCAUGAAGCCACCCCAGGAUCGUCAUCCCACCACGCUGCUGUGCCCCCUGCACACCCCUCAUCACCCCCUCACAGCAGGUGCCUGGGGGCGCUCAGCCACUCCUCUGAAACUCUCGGAGGACUCCUGAAGGCAAAGCAGAGUCACGCUGGAAACCCACGACAUCCACAGCAAAAUAAUUCUUCUUCAGAGAAGGCCUGUUUGUUACUAGGGGUGCUUUUGUGAGGGCACUGAUGAUGGGAGGAUGCUGGCGAAAGGCAACGGGAUUUUCUAUGAGAUUUUCCACUUGAAACGCGCUGCAGUGCUUUAUUAUUGAGUUCGUUUCCUUUUCUUUCCUGAUAGCUUGGAUUUGCCUGUAACUUGUCUUUUUUGCUUACAGAAAUAAUACAGUUAACUUUUAGACCUUCUAAAUAUAUUUAUUCAGUAACUCAUAAUCAGGAUUCCACUUGUGUAAAAGUCAGGGGUGUUGACCAGAGACCUAUUGUCAGUAUUUCAAGCUGUGUCCCUUUCUUAGUUUGAUAUGGUUCCUUCUAUGUUAAAAUAAAACCAGAAAAGAAAAGCAAAAAAAGGACAAAAACCAAGAAAAAUGGAACAAAAAAAAAGCGCUUCUGUAGUUUUCUCCCCGGUGUAAAUGAUAUUUAUCAGUGAUCUAGCAGAUGUAAUCUUUUUUUAAAGGUAUUGGUAAUAAAUAUUCUGUCA